AUGCACAUAUUGAAGAAGAAAUGCGACGAAGGCCGCCCCCAAUGUUCCCGAUGCGCCGAGCGCAGUCAGGAGUGCUCCUACGAACCGGUCAAGCCUCGUCAACGCAAGAAGCGUGACUCGAUCGCCGGGUUUGGCUCCGAUACGGCCUCCCAAACAAGCGGAUCUGCCAUCGUUCGACGUUAUUCGGCCCCCGACGCCACCAUACGACGCUGGAAGGAGGAGUCUCUGGACGACGAGGACGACGGGCUCGUGGAAGAAGCCAUCCUGGAAGAGCCUGGGGAGAGCGGCCACCCGCUCGUCUUCGACUUCAAGAAGAUGUUUGCCAUGUACCAAAACAAGGACGACGCUCCCCUGGUCUCGCCAGUCGACUCGGUCGCAUUCAACUUGUCACUGGAGGACGCGGACGAGGAAGUAGUGGUUCGUCGUGGCUCGAUGCAGCAUACUGCCAUGCCACCACACAUGGCCGUCACACGGGCGCAGCGCCACCCGUCCCUAGCCAUGAUCGCGCCCGUCCCAGUAGCGUCGCCCCGUCUCGAAUUCCUCUUCCCGACCUUCUCCGAAUUCUCGGAUCGGCCGAACCGCCGAGCAUUGGUCGACCACUUUACCAACGUCAUGUCCCAUCUCAUCGUGCUGCGAGAGACCGAGGGCGGUAACCCGUUCCAGCAACUCGUGCUACCCCUUUGCCACAGCAGUUCCACUGUGACGAACGCCAUCUACGCGCUUGCGAGCGCGCACCUGGAGAACAGAGGCUGUGGGCACACGGAGGAGAAGGCGGUCUACUUCCACAACCAGGCCAUCCAGGGAUUGGCCCGGUUGAUUGAGCUCGGCGGGCAAGCGAACAAGAACGAGCUCCUGGCCACUAUUAUGUUGCUCGUGUAUUACGAAGUUCUCGUGCAACAAAACCGAUCCAACAUUGUAGACGGCCAUCUCAAAGGCGCCAUCGCAAUCAUGAAUGGCAACAACGACAACUCCAAUUCCACCACGGCCUUUCUCGAACGCGCCUUCCGCUUCUACGAUGUUAUCGCCGCACUCUCGUUUGGCACGGCUCCCCUCUCGACGGCACCGCCAACAGGUUGCCUUAUCCCCUUUCCGCCAGUUGAUUCCCCCAACUCAUCGCCCCUCGGGUCGGUCGACACGUUGCUCGGCUUUUCCACGACCCUAUGGCCCAUCAUCCACCGCCUUUCCAACCUUUUGGCGCUCAAGACGGAACUCCAGACGGCUCUCACCAAUGGUCAGAUGACUAAAGUGGCCGUCCUCCGUAGCGAGUUCGAAACCACCUCGGACGCCAUCGAGCAUGCUCUGGAGCUAUGGCAACCUAGUUUUCCUCCAGGAUUCUCACCCGAUAUGAUGAAUGACCCGGCCAUGUCAGACGAGCCCGAGCUCGCCGCCGAGCGCGCCCGUCUGCACUCAAUCCUCAACAACGCUCUAGCGUAUCGCCACUCGGCCUUUGUCUAUCUCUACCGCAGCAUUUACGGCUACCCGCGGCGGCACCAUCUCGUGCAACGCCAUACGCAUGCCGCGCUGAGCCACUGCGCUGCGACAGUCAACCAUGCCGGGCCGAUGGCUGCUCUGCUGUGGCCGCUGUUUGUCGCAGCCUGCGAGGCCACCGAUCCCGGCGACAGGGAACUGGCGCGACAGGCGUUUGUGGCGGUGGAGCGCAGGCAGGGCAUGACAAACAUCCAGCGCGCCUGGACCAUCGCGCAAGAGGUCUGGAGACGCGCAGACAUGAUUGACGACCACGCCGCCUACGACGACGACGCGAUCCUGAUGUCCACGCCUAGCCAACGGCUCAGCAAGGGGGCCGACUUAUGGAGGCGUGUUAGCGAGGACAUGGGCGUCACCAUCGUCUUUGGAUGA